CAAAAAUAUCGUGUACUCUGAUCCCGGCAUAAGACGCGUUACGACACCAGAAGAGGUUGCGCCACCGCUGGUAAUCCAGACAACAAUGCAGCGACAUGCAUGUCACAUGAUGGUUCAUCCACCCAUUUUCCGUGCACGUUGACACCUUCUUUCUUUUUCUUUUUUUUUAAUCCAGUCGAUGGUUUAUACACACCCAACGUGUCCCCACAUGUGCUCGCAGCAUUAACAACACACGGGUGGAUCUGAACAGAACUCAAAAGCUCUGCAGAAACUUCAAAAACAAAAACAACGGGAGACGAUGGCGCAGCAAACGGAUCCAGCCGCCGAGUUCAAACAGAACAUCUCCCGUCACAUCGACGAAGCCAAGGAGCGGCUCCACAGCCUCAGCCGGGAGAUCUGGACUUGUCCCGAACUCGCGUACGAGGAAAGGAAGGCCCACGACAGCCUGGUGGCGUUUUUCUCCCAGGAUGGAGGCUGGACGGUCGACCGUCACUUCAAGCUGGAGACGGCGUUCCGUGCCACAUGGGGACCCGGGGGCGCCAACGAGGGCCGAGUGGUGCACGUCGGUUUCCUGUGCGAGUACGACGCGCUGCCCGGCAUCGGACACGCCUGCGGACACAACCUGAUAGCCGAGGUCGGAGCCGCUGCCGGGCUCGGGUUGAAAACCCUGCUGGAGAACAGCCCCAACUUCCCUGCACGGGUUCAGGUGACUGUAUUGGGGACUCCAGCUGAGGAGGGUAGUGGAGGUAAGGUUGACAUGAUAAGGGAGGGUGCCUUUGAAGGCCUGGAUGUGGUAUUCAUGGCACACCCGGCUCAGGAUGAUGCUCCAUACCUGCCAGAUGUGGCCGAACACGACGUUACUAUAAGAUACCGCGGCAAGGCCUCUCAUGCUUCCGCGUACCCCUGGGAGGGGGUCAACGCUUUGGAUGCAGCGGUGCUGUGCUACAACAACCUGUCUGUGCUCAGACAGCAGCUCAAGCCAAAUUGGAGAGUUCAUGGCGUCAUAAAACAUGGCGGUGUGAAACCCAAUAUCAUUCCUGCCUACACUGAGUGUGAGUAUCAUCUGCGCACCCCUUCACGCAGUGAGCUUCCCAUCAUCAAGGCAAAAGCUGAGAACUGUUUUCGAUCAGCAGCUUUGGCAACCGGCUGUGAAGUUGAAAUCGAGUUUGAGAGGAACUCGUUUGACAACAUCUUGCGAAAUGCCACACUAGAGGAGGCGUACGAGAGGAACGGCAAAGCCUUGGGGAUGGAGUUCACCACGGAUGAGGAAGUGCUCACUAAUGCGACCGGCUCCUCAGACUUUGGCAAUGUGUCUUUUGUGGUUCCUGGAAUCCAACCCUACUUCUACAUUGGCUCUAAAGCUCUAAACCACACCGAGGAAUACACUGUAGCUGCUGGUGAUGAAAAAGCUCAGUUCUACACCCUGCGGACAGCGAAGGCUUUGGCCAUGACGGCCCUGGACCUGCUGUUGUAUCCGGAGCUGCUCCACAGGUUGAAGGAGGAGUUCGCUGAGGCCAAGCUAAAGGAGGAGAGGCUCCUGAAGGGCAGACAAGCAGAGGACACCUCAAAAUUCAAGUAAGGUUGCCUGAGGAGCUACUGCCAAGAUCUGAGCUCUCUGCACAUACAGUCCGCUAGCUAGCCGCUAACAUACUGAAAUCUUACAAGUACAUACUGGAGUCUUACAAGUAAUCCAUGACAAGCAUGGGGACGGCUGGACUUACAAAAAAAUUAAAAACCACCUCCGUUGUGUAAAUGUUUAAUUCUGGCCACAUCUGGAUAAGUUUUUGGUAGAGGACCCAGCCAAAAGACUAUGCAAAUAACAAACAUACACAUCAUGUCUUUCUUAACAGAUCAAACACACAUGUCAUUUAACACAUCCUCUAGUCUUCCCCACUCAUAUGAAAUCACUAACAACCAAAGGACCAUUUUAAGAUGUAAUUUUCCAAAUGUUGCCCUCCGAGAAAACAAAGAUUGGUACUAUGUGUAGAUUGAAUAUGCAGAUUUAACAUAUAUACUAUAUGCGAGAGACAGAUUACUUUUGCAGCUGUUAGAAUGAGUUAGUUCACGCUGAAUAAUUUGCACACCACAACUAUGAUAGUUCUUUCUCUUCCUGUACGACUGCUUCUUCUUCUUUUUUUGUUUAUUUUUGUCAUAUUUUAAAAAAUUUCUUAGGUGGAAAUAACUUCAUUUGUCUUUGAUUACAAUUAUGUCAAAGGGGACAACCUGAACAAAUACUGCAAAGCUUUCAGUUGUGUAGCUGUCCACUACUUUAGCAGAACUUUUGCUUAACCACAACAGAUGUCCUGUUUGUUGUGUAAGCAUAAAAGCACCAGAAAGACAGGUUUCAAAGCUUCACUUGGGUAAAAUCACUGUCUUAAAUCAUUAGAGGGUCUGCAUGUGUCGAUACAACAGAUUUCACAUCUGGUUUUGAUUUUGUUCUGUUGUUUUUGUAAAUUGCUUGACCAGUUAAAAUAUUUUGCUAACUUUGAUCACUUGCACAUUCCCAAAGACACUUGAGUUGGGGUUUUUUGUGCUUGAAGAGAUGGAAAACAGCCAAAUAAAAAUGUUUUCAUG